AAACCUGGAGCAGAUCUAGAAAGGAACUAGGGAUGGGAUUGAGGGCUGGGCCUCAGCGGCCGAACUAAAGUUUAGACCUGAGAUAACGGGGAGGUGCUAAGGUUAAAGUGGAACAAAGAGGGAGAGGCCCGAAUGAACUGGGAGGACCCGGAUGAAGAGCGCAGCGGAAGCUCAGACUUGGACUAAGACAACGCAGCCUACAGCGGAGGGAGGCGGGAGACUGGGCAAGCAUGAGGCGGAGUUAAGGGCUGGACUGGGGCGAAGCUGAGAUUGGGGUUUACGUUGGACUCGGCCAAACUGAGGUUCAGGGUUGGACUUCUGCGAGGAAGAGUCUUGUAGAGACGAAGAACUAGGCUGAGAGAUAUGUGGGUUAGGACGACACUGAGGAUUGAAAGGUGGACUAAGGAAAAAACUGAGGACGAUGCCAGCUGGUGGGACGAGAGCAGCACCGGUCGGGGGGGAGCGCCUCAGCUCGCCAGACUGGGAGGAUUCUGUACAAAUGAGCAUCACCUAUAUAAACAGGUUACCCAGCUGGGAGAGAGGACAUCUGCUGGCUGCUGUGGCAUCCAGCACUGACGCAUCUACCUUCUCUGAAGGUGAAUUCAAGGACACCGACAGGUGCUGCUGGAAACACAGAAAGUGCACCGGGCACAUCAUCCAUCCCUUCACCUCUGACUAUGGCCACCACGACGUGCACCUGCACUCUAUCAGCCACUGUGACUGUGAUUCUAGGCUGAAGGACUGCUCAGAGAAGACAUAUAGCAGUUCCGGAGAUGUGGGCCCAACCUGCUCCCAAGAUGUGGACUCAGCCUGUUUCAACAUCAUCCAGUGCCCAUGCUUUGAGCUCAUCCCAGAGGAAGAGUGUGUGGAGCGAUUCUGGUGUGGCUGGUGCAAAAGCUACAGGCCUGUCUCUGUGGCAGUGAUCCACCAUCCCAUCCACCAUGAGUGCAGGGCAGAUGACCUAAACCAAGAAGAGGAAGAGGAGGAGGAGGAGGAAGAAAGCAAGCCUCCCAUCCCGACCCAGGUGGGGCCCCCCGCCCUCCCCACCAACACAGGUAUGGGCAUGGUCACAGGUACCCCUGACUUAGCAGCUCCCAUCACCAUCUGGCGUUCCGAAAGCCCCACAGGGAAGUCCCAGGGCAGUAAGGUGAUCAAGAAGAUAAAGAAGAAAAAGGAAAAAGAGAAAGACAAGGAGGAGGAGACAGAUGAAAAGGCAAAGGUGAAGAAAAAAGUCAAGAAGGGCAAGUUGACUAAGAAGAAAAGCCCAGUUAAAUCAGAAUCACCUCCAGACUUAAACCGAUCGUUCAGCCCAAGAGAGUUGGCCAGGAUGUCAGAGUCCAGCCCAGACAGCUGGCAAGAUCUGGAGAGUGAGGACAGUUACAAUGACCCUGGGCGGGAGGAACCCUCCAAUGGGGAUAUUGUGGAGUCUUCAUCACCCAGGAAGAGAGAGAAGAACGGGGUCCAGGCCAAGAAGCCCGGGAUGAAGACCUCGCCAGUCAAGAAGGUCAACAAGAGGAAAUCUCCCCCAGCAUCAAACCCCUAUCUCAGUUGAGGCCAGGGCGACCAGGGUGAAGAAUAAAUGCGAUCAAGCCUGUAGCUGACCCCCUGCUUCUCUCUCCCUCCAACCUGGCUACUUCUGGGGGGAGGGGGCAGCCUCUGGGCAUAACUGGAGCCAAGGGGCUAAGGAGCUGCAGGUGUUUCUGAAGGGCAAUCCAUCUUUCAAGAGGAAGCCCAGAGAAGGCAGGUGGGAGGGCAGGGAAGGGGCACAGCCUGUUUCUCUGUAACAUCCUAGAUCCAGGGCAGCAGCACCUCUGGGUGGGAAGGAGGCUUCCUGUCUACUGGGAGACAGGUCUGUGCAAAAUCCACUUGGUGAUAGGCAUUGUGUGCAGUGAUACCACUAAUAAAUUGAACCUUUUAACCCACUCCGUGCAGCCUUGCCUUUCCCUCUCUAAAUGGCCCUGGGGCAGGUGCUGGUGGCAUCAAAAGGAACAUGAACCUUCCCAGCUGGUGUGGCCCUGCUCCUGCUAGGCCCUUCUAGGCCUUUUGUGCUAAAGGGAAAGGAACUGAAUUCCUGUCAGAAGGCCAGCCCCUUCCCCCAACUCUUGCCAACAAACAGCCAAAGGGAUCUUGAAUGAAGGAAAGCAAGGCAGGGAGCUCUCCAAGUUUGGGCAGCAGUGGCCUUUUCUGACUUCUCUGCUGAGCCCCAAGCAGAGGAAAGGGAGGGGGAAAGCUUUGCUUUCCCAGAGCUGACAGGCAAAGCCGUGAGGUGAAGCCCUAGUGAAGAAACACAGGGAGAUCAGUCGAGAACAAAAGAGGCAAUGGGGCUGGGGGAAGGGACUAGUCAGCUCUCUUCGCCAGGGCUGUGUGUGUGUGGGACCAGGUGAGUGGGGGGCCCAUCCUGGGGGAAAUACGCUUGACUCACGUGGAGGUACCGUCAGAGACCAAGGCCCAGCCGGCAAAAAGGGGAGAGAGAGGUGCAGGGUUCAAGUGGAGACACCCAGAUUGACUUCUCCCAUGUGCCAGAGAAGACUAGAAGGCACAGUGGAUGGGGUGGCUGUGUGUGAGUGUAACAGCAGCUGCUAACAUUUCCUGAGGCUUGAUGAGGUCCCAGGCACUGGACUUAGCACUUCACACAUUCUUUCUUAGUCCUCACAGCUGCCCUGCUGAGCUAGGUAUCAUCAUCUCCAUUUUACAGAUAAGAAAGCUGGCUUAGAGACAACAGGAACUCGCUCAGGGUCACAGGGCUGGGAAGUGGAGCAGGGAUGUGACCCUAGGCAACGUGGUACAGAAGCCACCUGCUCCUCUGUAAGUCCCUGCCUCUCUGAUGGCCUGGA